AUGUGGACUCACAGGAACAACACAUUCUUCCCACUAUUCCUCACCGACUCUGCCCACGCCAAGAGACAACUGUAUCUCGGCCAUCACACAAACUCCCCAGUACUCUCUCCCUCCAAGAAAUUGCCCCAAGCCGUAUUUCUUUCUGCUUUCUGGAAGUCUCGCAUGUUGUUGGCACGAGCCACAGCACCACAAAGCCCGGCUCUGAUCCCCGCUUUACGGAAGACGACCCUUUACUUAUUAUUACUCAGUCAUGCCUUGCAUGCUUCCUUCGCCCUCAAAUCUCGCUCGCCGAUAGUCCAACUUCUUCAACAUGCGCGACUAGAACAGGAAACGGUGCAUUUUGGCCCAGCCAGCAUGCCUAUCUUCCAAGACGACGACGAUACGUUGGUCCCAGAGAAGGGACCACCCUCUGAGCAACCAACAAAUCCCAGGUCGAGGUCGACAACACCCCCCGAGAGCGUUUCUAUGCGAAGGAAAUCGUCUGAGGAGAGCAUAAGAACAGAAUUGUGCGAGGGUCCAGUUCUGGAAAGCUUGGAGGAUCUUUCGAGCUAUUCGCCAGAAGGGCUGAACAGCUGUUUUGCCUCGCCACUCCAUAGGACAUCAGACCGGCUACAGUACAUUGAACGCCUGAAGAGGGGUGAUAGUCCUAGUUGGUUGCCAAAUCAAAAUCUUGAGUCAUUACUCGAUAAUAAUGAAGCAGCUGGCAGCACCCAACACACAAACAGAUCUACCACAUCCUAUUUGCUAGCUUCUCCCAAGUUUUCUGAUUCCAGACCUACCGCCGGGGAUGAAGGCGCUCAAACGCAGCUAGGAUUGCAGAUUGAGAGACCGAGAUCUGCCCUACAUAGUGGUGAUUUCACAGAGCGGACACAUCAAAGCACGAAUUCUGCUGGAACCUCCCAAUCAAAAAACUCGAAACUCUCUGCAGGGGAAAGUCCAUGGCUGGCCAGUUCUCCCCCGAGGAAUUUCUCUCCACUCCAACUAGACUCUCGGUUUCCACCUAUAGACCAUUUUCACAAGGCUGGUCCACGUCGCUCCCGAGCCCCUUCACUCUCGUCGUCAUACUCAAAUAGCUUCGCUUUAAAGCCACCUACAAGCCCUUUGGUCCAGUCAGAAAGUAAUGACGAUAUUUCAUAUGUGAAUCCAAUUGAUAUCAGUCCAGAUUACCAGCGAAUUUCGAGACGACACACUUUCCAGUACUCAAAUUCGAUCUCGUCGAGCUCAAGCUUCACACGCCCCUUGCCAUCCCUACGAAGAGAUUCCACUCACCCCUACCAAGCUCACCAGCCAAGGCGGUCUCUCACCUCAAAUCCGACAUCAUUUAAUUCACCGUCCCAAACACCAGACUUUCAACGUACUAGGCGCCCCUCAUACACCUCCGAAAAUUCGCCAUUGCACGCAUCUAUGGUGGGUUCUUACGAAGAGAGUAUUUUGCGUGGACGCAUGUCAACGACUCCAUCCAAGCCCUUGGACUUCGUAGCUCAGAUUGGUGUGUUGGGUCUUGGUAAAUGUAAAUCGAAUCUUCGAUGCCCCGCCCAUGUGACGCUUCCGUUCCCGGCAGUUUUCUACAGUUAUGAAACGACAAGCCACGGCCGUGUUGGCAAAUCAGAGGAUGGUCCCAGCCCCUAUGUUGGUCAGAUUGAUCUAGAAAAUGGUCUUCCAAAUACCAACGAAUCAAAAUCGCAUAAGCGAAAACGAACAAACAACAGCAGAACUAUUGGGCGUUCUGCGGAGUCUGCUACCAUUCAGAUACCAAAUUCAAGUCAUCUUAACGAAUCAGGCACGGGAAAGCUCAAGCGGAGAUCUCUGUCGCCCAGAGCGCCCCCAGGUGGCAGCUAUCGAAUUCCCGAAAAGGGGCAGCUUCAAAUCAUAAUCAAGAACCCGAAUAAAACAGCUGUAAAAUUGUUCUUGAUUCCAUACGAUCUUGCCGGAAUGGAACCAGGAACGAAGACAUUCAUUCGCCAACGGAGCUACUCGGCUGGCGAUUCUCUGUUACCUGCAUCCUCGAGUACAGCUACAAACUCCAUGGACCGGCAAACCCUUCGAUACCUUGCUCACCUGCAUAUUUGUUCACCUUCACGUGGUCGAUUCUACCUGUAUAAAAGCAUCCGGGUUGUUUUUGCGAAUCGAGUGCCUGACGGCAAAGAAAAGCUGCGAAAUGAGGUCAGUUUACCUGAACCGCGAUACACAGUAUAUAAACCUGGGCGAGAUUUAAACAUCGCCCAUUCAAUUACAAGCUUAGCGGGGGCGGGUAUUGCUGCAGACAAAGCUUUUAGGAGACGAAGCUCUGGUUUUGCGUUGGGAAUACCCGGCCGGCCGUAUGAUACAAUGGAAGGCAUAACACAAGCGCUUCAAAGAGGAUUCAGCAGCUCUGCUGCUUAUUCUCAAGAUCGUGACAACAGUUACGUCUUGCCCGUCGAACCAAUUCCAUUUAGUCUAGACACGAAUACCACCGUGCCAGGUGGCGGUGGUCACCAGCAAUUAUCUGACAUUCAGUCACCCACGUCUAGCAAGAGCAGUCGCCCAGCAACAUCGCAGGGAGGACAUCCAAUGUCAUGGGCUAGUAGUCCCGUAGACAUUGAUGACUAUGGAAAGCUCAGUAAAGGAGAUGCUGGAUAUGGCGGGAAUCUUUUCUCCAGCUCUCCCGAUGGAACGCAACAGAUUGCAGAAGGUCUUCUUGCAAAGAAAUUGCGAGAUCUGGGAGUUAGAAGACAAAGCCCGCAAGAUACUGAAGAUAAUACUUAG